CCUCCGACAUGACCAUUUUGCAUUUUGCUCGUAUUGUCAUAUUUGGUGGGUCCUGCUCAUGAUCUUGCAUCUGGUUUCCCACCAUAUAUAUUUUCAAGAAUAAAUUCCUUCCUUUUUCUAGCUCAUAUCCCAGAGUUGGGUUUUCCUUUUUCCCUUGACAUCCUUCUCCUUCUUCCUCCUCCUCUUCCUCUUCACCCUGUUCUCUUCUUCUGCAAACCAUAUCAUGAACAAAAAUGGACACAAAGAUGAAAAGUCAUGCUGCUACUUCCACCCCAGACAGGUAGUUGUUGGGGUUUGUCCCUUAUGUUUAAACGAGAGGCUUCUCGUAUUGGCUACCAAACAGAACCUUAAUCCCUCUAUCUCCACGAGCAAGCUUCAAACUUCCUCACACAGAAAGCCGCAAGCUUCUUCUAUUCACAAGAUCUUUGCUUUCGGGUCUCUGUUCAGCCGUCCAGAUUCCCAGCACUGGAAAUCUCAGACCUAUCAGUAUGAUGAUUCCUCUCCUAGCCCAGAAGAGUCGUUCAUAUCAAUCAAAUUCGAAAAGAAUGGGAUGGCCUCUUGGGAAAAGAACAGUACUACAACCACCACCACUACAGAGUCUAAAAACAAGGUGCCCUUAGAGACCACAAGGAGCGUAAUAGAGCAUGGGAAGUCACGUGACACGCUUAGGUGGCGAAGGAAGAUAGGCCACAUCUUCCAUCUCAUGAGAUGGAAGAGACCCACAAAAAGCAGCGUGGAGGGUGCGGAAGGUGAGAAAAGGUUGGAUGAGGACUUCGCUAACAAAGAGAAGGACCAUGGAAUAAAAGAAAAAGAAACACUGCCUGAAAGCCCUUUUCUUCUGCACUACACCUCCAUUUGUGGGGCAGGCCCAAUUAAGUGUGACUGUAAAGUUAUAAAGAUACUGUUCACAAUAUGGUAGAGUCAACAUAGCUUUAUCGCUCGCUCAAAAGUGCGCUUUGGUUCGCAAAAAAAAGAAGCUUUUAUAUGCUUUGGGUACUUUGUAAUUCUUUUCUUCUCUUUUCUCCCAUUGUUGUAGACAGUACAGGCUGUAAAAUAGGUGUUGAAAUUGCUUUGGCUUUAAGGUUUAUACUUCAAAAUAAGAUAACAAGGCAUUUUGAGCAUUCCUUUGCCUA